AUGGCAUGUCGCCUCCGUUUCAUGAAACCUGAUGUCGAUAUGCUACUGAGAUGCAUCGAUACCCAGCUAGACACUAUGGUUAUCUCAGCGCUUAUUGAAGCUGCCCUUCGGCUAUUGCCGCCUGAUAACUCAUCUAGCGGUAGAGCCGAGGCGGAAGAAAGAAUGCGGCAAAAGAAAGAGCGGGCGCUCAUUCAAGAAACGUCUUUUAUCGACAAAAUGAGAAAUUUCGGCUACCAAUUUAAGACCGAGAGAGAGCAAAAGGAAUUACGACUUAGCCCAACACCUGACAUCCGGUUUCAUGAGCCGGUGUCAGUGAAUGGACAUUCCUGCCACUGGAUAGAAUACAAGAACUACUUCGGUUUCAAAGCGAAUCCAUUUAUCACCUCGAAAAACAAGAAGCAAUUUAGGAAAUAUGUGUCUGGGUUAGGACCAGGUGCUGUUGUGUACAGAUUAGGAUAUGAGAUUGAACACAUAGCAAUGAUUGGAGUCGAGACAUUCCGGGAGGCUGAAUUUCUCAACAACUUGGGACAAGAGUCAAGGCUACGAAAUUGA